AUGUUUUAUGUACCAAAAAAAAAUGAUGAUAUUGAUUUUUCUAGUGUGGCUAAUUCAGAAAUGGUCAUUAAUGGAUUGGAUCUCAAAGAAGAGGCAUCGUUUACAUCACUUGAAUUAGAAGAGGAUCUAUCUGAUGUUUCUGAUAACAACAUUGAUAAUAAUAAUUUAUCAAUUGAAUCAAUAAUUGAUUUAUCAGUAUUAAUUCCAGGCAGUGAUAUUUCAGCCCAAGAUAUAACUAGUGAUAUAACUAGUCCGUUUGCAGAA